AUGGAGCAGCAGCAGAACGCCACCGCCGCCAAACCCAUUCAUUGCAUCGUCAAACUCGGAGGCGCUGCAAUUACCUGUAAAAAUGAACUGGAGACAAUAAACGAGGAGGAUCUUAUAGUAGUUUCAUCACAGCUGCGGCAGGCAAUGAUUUCGGGCUCAUGUCACGGAAUGGACUGGAGCAAGAGGCCUGGAUCAUUGGAGAUUCCCAGGGUCAUUGAUGAUUUCAGCGAUCAAGAGGUUACUGACUCCAAGAAAUUUAUUGUUGUUCACGGUGCAGGUUCUUUUGGUCAUUUUCAAGCAAGCAAGUCAGGGGUUCAUAAGGGUGACUUAAGCAGACCACUUGUUAAAGCUGGUUUUGUUGCCACACGUAUAUCUGUCACAUCUCUUAAUCUUGAAAUUGUCAGAGCCCUCGCAAAAGAGGGUAUUCCUUCUAUUGGAAUGUCUCCAUUUUCAUGUGGCUGGUCAACACGUGAAAGAAAUAUCGCUGUGGCUGAUGUAAGCACAGUAGCUAAAGCUACUGACAAUGGAUUUGUACCUGUUCUACAUGGAGAUGCUGUACUGGAUACUUCACUGGAUUGCACUAUAUUAAGUGGAGAUGUAAUCAUACGGCAUCUGGCAGCUGAACUAAAACCUGACUAUGUCGUUUUCCUCACAGAUGUUUUGGGGGUAUAUGACCGCCCGCCAAUAGAACCUGAUGCAGUGCUUCUUAGGGAAAUUGCUGUGCGUGAAGACGGGAGCUGGUUUAUAUUAAAACCUGAAUUGCAGAACAUGAACAGGCAAGUUGAAAUAACAGUAGCAGCCCACGACACAACUGGUGGCAUGCUCACAAAGAUAUCGGAAGCUGCGAUGAUUGCCAAGCAUGCAAUUGAUGUCUAUAUUGUUAAGGCAGCUACGUAUCACUCAUUGAAGGCUCUACGAGGAGAUUUGAAAGAGAACAUACCUGACGACUGGCUUGGAACAGUUAUCCGGCUUGUCAAGUAG